GUAGAUUGGUUUUCUACAUACUACAUAAGAAUAACCAUUAGGAAGUUACAACUGACCAUUUCUUGUUUGUCCUAUUAUGAAGAAGAGCUUAUGUAAUAUUUGAAUUAAAGUUUUCAAGGUCGCCAUCUGAACACCAUUAUGAAUCUCUCAAUAUAGAUGACUAGUUGUUUUCUUCUGUUUGAUAGGUUUCGGUUCUCUAACCGGGCCUUUUUCAUAUACCUGUAGAAGGAAAUUGCUCAAAGUUGUCCAAUAAAGACGUUGGCAGAAGAAGAAAUCGAGCGAGUUUUGACUCGUUUGUGCUCGUCAUUUUGUUUCCAUUCUGUAACUAGCAACUAUCCAAGACAAAGUUAAGUUGAUUUCCCUUAUAUUCUUACAAUCAAAGUGCUUCAAGCCGUGAGAUAAGAGUUUUUCCUUGUAGGAUCCAAAGUCAACUUGGAAACCUUCACUAUAUUAGCAAGUGGUUGAGAAGCCUUGUAGAAAAGUUGGAGCUUUCGUCAAACAAAGAGUGAGAAACUAGAAGACCUUGACUUUCAUACUCUGUUGAAAAAGAAACCAAAAAGUUGCCCUUUUGUGGAAGAGACUUUCAACGAAAGUGGAAAAACAACACAAUUCUACCCGAUUGAUAAUGUCGAGGAGUUGGUUGAAAACCCAUUUACUUUUCCCACAAUGUUCCAUUUUCUUCUUCUUAUCAGCCGUCAAGGUAAGGUUCGUUUGGCAAAGUGGUUGGAACCCUAUUCCCAAAAGGAGCGGACAAAGACCUCUCAAGAGCUUGCCACCCUGCUAACUGCAAGGUCCAGUAAAAUGUGCAACUUUAUAGAGUGGAGGGACUUGAAAGUUGUUUAUAGAAGAUAUGCGAGUCUCUUUUUUGUUGCUGGAGUAGACUCAACGGAUAACGAACUGAUAACUCUUGAGAUCAUACAUCAUUAUGUUGAGUGCUUAGACAAGUAUUUUGGCAACGUAUGUGAACUAGACUUGAUAUUCAACUUUAGCAAAGCGUAUUAUAUAUUGGAUGAGAUAUUACUAGCAGGAGAUCUUCAAGAGUCCAAAAGAGGCAAUGUACUGCGUGCAAUACAAGCUUCCGAUAAUAUGGCAGAAAAACAUCCAGAAGAUCCAAAACAUAGUGUGCGAGGUUAUUGAUGAUGAAGAAAUGGAAUAUGUAAGAGACAAAGGAUGAACAUUUCCUUUGUGGUUAUCAUUAAGAGAAUGGUAGAGAUGAGGAAGAGAGAUGAGGAGAUUGCUGUUGGCUAUACCAGUUGUAGUAAAUCUACUUCAAAGGAAGUGAUAAAAAAGAGUUUUUUCAAUACAAUAUCUUUUGUAUGUGAUAGUGACUUAUUCUGUCGUUCACUGCACCACGUUGAUUUCCUAAAGCAACUGCGUAAACAGCGCUCCAGAACGACAAAGUCUUUUCGUCUGCAACAAGUUUCCUGCGUCUUGAAGUCGAAUAGUCCUUUCUUUCAAAAACUGUCUCUCAUUCAAUCAUUGGAUAAUAAUAGUUUGGAAAAAAUGCGGAAAAAUAGUGAUACGGGUUCGUUGGAAAAGAAGAGUCGACAAGAGCAACCAAAGAGGAUGGAAUACAUUCAGUGUUCAGCUUGCAAAGCGGUAUAUUCAGUCAAAGUAGAUAUGUUUGGAGAAAAUGGUAGAUAUGUUCGUUGUAUAGUUUGUGGAAAGUUGUGGUUGCAGUUGCCUCAAGAUGUAAAAUUGUUGGAGGAGAAUAUGGAAACAAGGGAACUUUCAGAGGAGGUUUGGGAACAGUGGAAACUUGUGAGAAUGAAGAAGUUAUCUUCAUAUAGUGCCACGGGGGACUCGACGGAUAGAAAC